AUGACUUCUCUAAUCAAUUGUCUCGAUGAUUAUGAUCUUUCCCAAAAGGCCAUCAACAAGGAAGUUGACACAAUAGUUUAUAAUUGCAAUGAAUAUGGAAGUAUGAAUGUUACCAACGAAAUGGUAUUUGAAAUAUAUGAAGACAACAAAGACAAUAUUAUCACCAUUGAACAGUUUGGUACAAAUCUUUCAAUACCACUCACAGAACCCAUUUCCUUUCCUGAGUAUAAUUUAACAAUGGCCAAAAAAAGUAUCACAAUGUUUUACUGGCAACUUGCAACAGGUGAAAACUAUGGUGGAAUCAUGCUCGGUUAUUGGUGUGGUGUGUUUUUGAUUGCGACAGUUAUCAAUUUCAUUGGUAAAGCUGCUCCUAGUUUUCUUUUAAAAAUGAAUAGUCCUGCUGUGAUUAAGUUUCGUCAAAUGUUUGUAACACCUGCAACUUUUGGUUUUAAACAUUCGAUCCCAAUUGGUUGCUGUAAAAAUAUCAUUGCAAUGGCUACUCCAACUCGUGCGGAAUCAAUAAUUAUUGGGGGGUAUCUUAUUAUGGCUCUUAUUCUUGGAAUGAUAAAAUUUGAACCAUUUGAACCAAAUAUUUGGUUUCCUAACCAGCACAAUCAAUUAAUACGUUAUAUUGCUGAUAGAUGUGGUAUUACAUCUUUGACUCAGAUUCCAGUGCUAUUUUUAUUUGGAGGUCGAAAUAACUUGCUUCAAUACCUUACUGGUUUUUCCUUUGACACAUUUAAUGUGUUUCAUCGCUGGAUUGCUAGAGUCAUGAUUCUUUUUGCUUUUCUUCAUUCUGUGGCUUACACAUGGCUUGAACGCAAGUAUCUUGCUGAAGAAUUUGCAGAAACGUAUUGGCGUUGGGGUGUUGUUGCCACUGUCACCGGAUGCAUAAUGCUUGGACAAAGUAUUUUUAUUUUCCGUUCUAAGAUUUAUGAGUUUUUCCUUGCGUUUCACAUUGGUCUUGCUGUAUUUUUUGUAAUUGGUAUGUGGUAUCAUCUUAUUGAAUUAGGAUGGAUGAAUUGGGAAUAUGCCACUAUUGCUCUAUGGGGUUUUGAUAGAGCUGCACGCCUGGGAAGAUUGGUCUGGUCUGGCCUUGGUACUUCCCAAACCAAACUUUAUCCUAACGAUCUGUUCAGAAUGACAAUUGAUUAUCCCAAAAGAUGGAAAGCAUAUCCUGGUUCUUACGUUUAUGUUCAUAUUUUGAGUCCUUGGGGCUUUUGGGAAUCCCAUCCUUUUACAGUUUACCAGUCUGCACUCCCUGAGCACGAAGGUAAGCUUAUGAUUGGUGCUACUGUCAAGAAAGGUAUGACCAAAAGAAUGGCCAAAGCCCUGACAAAAGCUGGUGGUGAUAAGGCUAUUAAGGUUUUGAUUGAUGGCCCUUAUGGAACCUGCCAUAAUAUUGCCCGCUAUGAUACAGUCAUCUGUUUAUGUGGUGGUAUUGGUGUUACUGCUGCCUUUUCUUAUCUUUUGGACAUUAUCAAAAACAAAUAUCAUGAUCAACACUUGAUUUUCAUUUGGGUUACACGUCACCAAUCGUCUUUAGACUGUUUCGAAAAUGAACUCAAGUUUUUGAAUGACAGUGACAAAUGCGAUGUUGAAAUUUACCUUACAAGCCCUGACGCUAAUAGCAGUGAUGAUAGCUGCAGCGACAAUGAAAAGAAGUUGAGUGAUACAGGUAGUGACAACUCCGACAGUAGAUAUUCUGUGAUUAAAGGCCAAAGACCAGAUGUUGCAACGCUUUUACCCACUUACAUUAGCCAGUCUAAGGGUACUACAGCCGUGAUGGUUUGUGGACCCCCCACUUUGAAUGACUUGGCUCGCCGCACGGUUACGGAUAAUCUCGGCGCUGGUAAUGGUCGUGUUGACUAUUUUGAAGAAGCCUUUUCAUGGUAG